AGCACCAAGAGGCGCGUUGAGAGCCGCAGCCCUCAAUGAAUUCGCUCUCUCCUCGCUCUCUGCAUCUCUCUGUCUCUGAUGUACGUUUUUAACUCCGAGGCUUUCUCUCAGCCCGCCUGGAGAGGCAAGAUUUCUUGGCUCGCUUUCAUCCUAAACGCAAACACUGCCAAAUUCUCUCUCUCUGUCUCUUUCACUGAGUAAUCGAAGAUGAUCUCCAAUUCUCAGAAGAAGAAGAAAAGGCUUCAGACUCUGUUAGCCAGCAAUCUCUGUAGCAAGCUCACCAUCUCCAUCCCAUCGUCCUCUUCCACCAAAGAGUCCGAGUCCGACUUCGACUUCUCUGAAGUUUUUGGCCCCUCCAGCCCACACCAAAACCCAAUUCCCUCUUUAUCACCGACGUCCACCUCAUCCUCCGGGGACCCACCGGUCAUCCACAACAGGUCCCACUCCUUUGUGGGCCCCUCCCCUCGCUUCACCCUCUCCCGUUCUCUCCCCUUCCAUGCCGAGUCCGCCUCCGAAUCUGAAUCCGAGCCCGAGACAGAGAUCGAAAUUUCCAAUGCUGAUAAGAGCGAGAGAGUCGGGAAAAUUGGGCCCGGUGAUUUUGACAUUUUGAGAGUUGUGGGGCAGGGUGCGUUUGGAAAAGUGUUCCAGGUAGUCAGGAAGAGAGUGAGAGUGGAUACUCCUAAUGAUUGUGAAGGUGGAGGAGAUCGUGAUACUAAUACCGAUGACGAUGGGAUUUACGCCAUGAAAGUGAUGAGGAAGGAUACCAUUAUAAAGAAGAACCAUGUCGAUUACAUGAAGGCCGAGAGGGACAUUCUCACUAAAGUUGUGCACCCAUUUAUUGUUCAGCUCCGCUACUCCUUCCAGACAAAGAGUAAGCUUUACUUGAUUCUGGAUUUUAUAAAUGGAGGGCACCUUUUCUUUCAUCUGUACCGGCAGGGGAUCUUCAGUGAGGAUCAAGCAAGGGUUUAUACUGCUGAGAUAGUAUCUGCCGUUUCACAUCUUCACAAGUGCGGUAUCGUGCAUCGGGAUCUCAAACCCGAAAAUAUUCUCAUGGACGCAGAUGGGCAUGUUAUGCUGACUGAUUUUGGACUGGCAAAGGAAAUUGAUGAAUCGAGCAGAUCAAAUUCAAUGUGUGGGACCACAGAAUACAUGGCUCCUGAGAUUUUACUGUCUAAAGGCCACAAUAAAGAUGCUGAUUGGUGGAGUGUGGGGAUACUCUUGUAUGAGAUGCUAACUGGGCAGCCACCAUAUACACAUGCAAAUAGAAAGAAACUUCAGGAGAAAAUCAUCAAAGAGAAGGUAAAACUUCCGCCUUACCUCACCAGCGAGGCUCACUCUUUGCUCAAAGGAUUACUGCAGAAGGAACCAUUGAGAAGAUUAGGCAGCGGGCCUAACGGAGGGGAUGAGAUUAAAAGUCAUAAAUGGUUUCAAUCAAUCAACUGGAAGAAAUUGGAGGCCAGAGAGCUGCAGCCCAAGUUUAAGCCUGAUGUGAUUGGGAAAAACUGUACAGCCAAUUUUGACAGGUGCUGGACAGCAAUGCCUCCAACUGACUCACCUGCUUCAACACCAACUGCAGGCGAACAUUUCCAAGGGUAUACUUAUGUGGCUCCUAACCCUUGGCUUUCGUCUGGACAAACUUAAGGCUUCUGGCCAAGAAAAGCAUUAUAUGAAGGAGAGGGCUUGAAACAAGACUGCCAUUCAGUUGUAGUCUGUAAGUUUAUAUAUAUAAAGAUCCAUUCAUCUCAUAUAAUUAUUUAUAAAUUGUCGUUAAUAAAUAAUCUCAUAAAUUUUUACUUAGUACUUGCUUUCACUCGUAAACUUUCACUUAGAAAAUGUCUUGUAGUAUAUGUCCAGUUAUGUUUCAUUUCAUUGGUUUUGCUGUGAGCCAUAUCAGCUACAACAUGUUACAUGAGAUCAGAGCUUUGCCCGACAGCUUUGGUUUUUUCUAUGAUAUGUGAAAGCUGCGAGAAGGGUAAGAGGAAUGGCAAAAGGAAUGUUGUUCGACGUGAGAGGCUACAGGGAAAGAGACGAAAGAAAUCAUAUGAAUCUAACUUUUUUCUCUUUCCAUUUUGUGUGUCUUUCCUAUCAUGAAUCCUGCUGGCCCUAUGAUGAUGGCGGAUUGAUCAUGUUUAUUCUGCUUGUGAAAGUUGUACUGCCUAAUAAACUUCAAGUUUUUAAAUAUCUGGUAAUGUUUUUAAAAUAUCUAAUACUCAAGUGAAUUGUGUAUUUGUCAAUUGUCAUGUCCACCAUCAUCGCCUAAAGUUGGAGAUCGAGACAAUUU